AAAGAACUCGAUUUUGGUGCAUGCCAGUCUGCUUUUUCGAGGGGUUGAGGCGGCUUCGUAUAUGUAAAAGGCACAAGUUCAUCACGGUCUGCGGAAGAGACACACCGAUUUCGGCUUUCGACGGGUUCACAUCACAUCAUUUUAUUAGUGUAUUCGAAUAAACUAAAAACUAUUUAUAAAUUGUAUUAUUUUAUAUAAGAACUAAUUAAAAAUGAACGGUAAACUGAUUUAUAAGAGAAAAAGUGAAGAACAACAACUCAUGUCGUUGGAAUCAAAACGAGGAAGAAAUGAUCAUGAGUGCCAUGACCAAAACAGAAGGCCGUUGGUAAUGAGUGGAAACGAAAAUACCCCACCUUCUUCUCCAUCUCCACCUAAUUCAAUUCAAUUUGAGGAGGGCACGAGCUCGAGGGAAAAUCCAAAGCAUAAAAUCCUUCUGGAAGCUCUACAGAAGAUCAUGGAUCUUCAAAAGGAGCUUGAUGACUUCGAAAACGAUUUGGAAUACAGUGAUGAAUUUGGUUCAGAACAAAACGAGGAAUUUGAUGACGCUGAGUUGUCUUUCUGUUUGAACAACCAACAAUGGCAAAAGAAUGAGGCUGAAGCUCUAGGAUUUGCUAUAUGUGCUCGUGAAACAUUAAUGUUCCUCCAACAAGAGGGAAUCCCACCUGAUAGUCUUAUCUACAAGUCGUUACGCGAAAAACUAGUUGGACGAGUCCCUAAGGAUAUACCUUCAUAAUAAUGCCGAAUCAAUCAAAGAAUACAUCCAAAGAGAUCAAGACUUGAACAUCUAGUCUCUUAAACACAUUCUAGUCAUAGUUUUAAGUUGAUAACCUAUUCUAUUUACGUGAAUAAAGUGCUAAUUACCAAAUAACAA